AUGCCAACCUUAGAUGACAUUUUAGAGCAUAUUGGGGGGUUUGACUUGUAUCAGAAAAGGGCAUUUUUUGUCCUAUGUUUGCUCUCUGCUGCCUUCCCACCCAUCUAUGUAGGCAUCGUCUUCCUAGGUUUCAUACCAGAACACCGUUGCCGGAGUCCUGGAGCUGCCGAGCUAAGUGACAGAUGCGGCUGGAGUUUUGAAGAAGAGCUGAAUUACACUCUUCCUAAGAGAGAGACCCAUGGAGAUGCUUUCACUAGUCAGUGCAAGAGGUAUGACGUGGAAUGGAACGUAACUGAGAUGAGCUGCACAAAUCCAAUGGACUUUUUCACCACCGACAGGAACAAAAGCAGCAUUCCCCUCAUUGCAUGCCAAGAUGGUUGGUUUUAUGGUUUCUCAGGAUCAUCCAUUGUGAGUGAGUUUAACCUGGUGUGUGAGGAUUCCUGGAAAUUGGACCUGUUUCAGUCAUGUGUGAAUGUUGGAUUUUUUGUUGGUUCCAUAAGCAUCGGAUACAUGGCAGACAGGUUUGGACGUAAACUGUGCCUGUUAAUUACCAUCCUUAUAAAUUCCAUCUCAGGUGUUCUCUUGGCUUUUGCACCUAGCUACACAUGGGCUGUGGUCUUCCGCUUGAUACAAGGACUGGUCAGCAAAGGGGGCUGGUUAACAGGCUACAUCUUGAUCACAGAAUUUGUUGGCUUGAGCUACCGAAGAACAGUCGGCAUCGUUUACCAAGUCGCCUUUACCGUUGGGCUCCUUGUACUUGCUGCUAUUGCUUAUGCAAUCCCUCAAUGGAGAUGGCUGCAACUCGCUGUUACAUUGCCGAACUUCUUCUUCUUGCUGUAUUACUGGUGUCUUCCAGAGUCUCCAAGGUGGUUGAUAGCCCAGCGGGAAAGUGACAAAGCCCUGAAAAUUAUUAAACGGAUUGCCAAGGGAAACCGCAAGAAGUUACCUCCUUCUAUGGAGAACCUUCAGCCUGAAGAAGAAGUGGGUGACAAGCUACGCCCUUCAUUUCUGGAUCUGGUGAGGACUCCACAGAUAAGGAAACACACGCUCAUAUUAAUGUACACUUGGUUCACAAGCUCUGUUCUGUAUCAGGGCCUCAUCAUGCACAUGGGCAUUGCUGGCGGCAACAUUUAUCUGGACUUUUUUUACUCUGCUCUUGUUGAAUUUCCAGCUGCCAUCAUACUCAUGCUCACAGUCGACCGCAUAGGCCGUCGCUACCCCUGGGCUGCAGCAAAUCUGAUGGCAGGAAUCGCCUGCCUUGUUACAGCUCUUGUCCCUGAAGAUCUCUAUUGGCUUAAAAUGACUGCUGCUUGCUUAGGCAGGAUGGGCAUUACAAUGUGCUAUGAAAUGAUCUGCUUGGUCAAUGCAGAACUGUACCCGACAUUCCUCAGGAAUCUGGGGGUCCUUGUCUGUUCUUCCAUGUGUGAUAUUGGUGGGAUCAUAACUCCAUUCAUUGUCUACAGACUGGCAGAUACCUGGCAUGAACUUCCACUUGUUGUCUUUGCUGUGGUUGGCCUCAUCGAUGGUGGUUUGGUUUUGCUGUUACCUGAAACCAAAGGAAAAACUUUACCUGAAACUAUUGAAGAUGCUGAAAAUUUGCACAGGCAAGGAAGGCCAAAAGAAAAAAUGAUUUAUCUUCAUGUUCGAACCUCAGAUGCAGCACCUAAUUAG